AUGUAUAGCCCUAGUUCUGUGAACGAACAAAUUAAUGCCUUUGGCGCUCUUAUAAAAAGUAGAGUACAUUUGCACAAGUGCUUAAAUUUAUUAUCAUGUUUGCCAAAUCAAGAAAUUACGCAAUUGCUAAUAGAUCACGAUAAUGAUAAUGAUGUAAAAGCGAAACUGGUCGAUACAAAUGAAAAAUUACUCCAAAUACUGGCUCACUUUAUCGCAAUACAUAAUUCUAAGGGUGAAAAAUAUAGGCUCAGGGAACCAAAGAUCGCUAAUGAUAUAUUCCUUGCAAAUUACGAUAGAUGGCCCACAAUAAAGCGCAGAUUCUUCCAAAAAUGCGAUGAAUGGAAUGAAAAAACUGAGAUGAAAGUCAAUUUGGAAUUUAAAUGUCUGGACCAAUCCCCUUCUAUACAAGUGGCUUAUGCCAUGCAAAAUCUAGAUAAAAGUUUGAAGAGAUGCCACCCACUGCAAUUGCCGGAUAAAUACAUAGGCAAAGAUGUGUUUGACAAAUUGGGAGUCUCAGACCGCUUGUUAUCUGAAAUAUACACGGAUCAGGACUACUAUAUACACCUUUUGAAACAAUUAGUUAAUAUUAAGGGUGGAUUAUGUAACGAGAAACAAUUAAAGGAUGGACAAAAGGAGCUGUACGGACGAAAAAGAGAAAAAAACACUGCAAGAAAAUCUAAGGAAAGGCAAAUACGCUAUGUUUUACACGAGAAACUCGAACAUUUCAUGGAACCCAUGCCGCCCAAGUAUAAGAUGGAUUCCAAAGUGAUUAACCUCCUAAUAACAUCUCUCUUCAAGUAA